AUGAGAGUGGGAUCGGCAAUCGCGUUGUGUUUCCUCGGCAUUGUAUGUCUGUCACAAUGUGCGCCUCCGACUUGUUACUCCAGGGCGCUGAGCCUGAGUAAAGAAGUGAUGACCCUGCUGGAUAAGAUCCACACUUACCAUCGCACGAAAACGUGUGCUGAGGUCCUGCCGGUCAUUUUCCUUGAUGUUCAUAACUCCUGCAUAACAACCAAACUUCGUGACUUCCUCUACGUGCUCGUCAACCAUCCUAGCCAGUACUGUAGAGAGCGACCCAGGAUUGUGCUGCUGAAAACAAAAAUCCAGAACUUGUACGCCAUCAUCACAAGAAUUUGCUAUCGAGACUUGGUGUUUUUCACAGACGACUGCGAGGCCAUCGACACUGGACACAGCAGGCCUCACUAUGCAGAGGACCGACUUCAACUCCUGCAGGAGGAGAGAUAA